GGUUGAUAACUUUUGGCUACACUUUAGCCAAAAGUUAGUUUUAUUGAGUAAGAAAAUUAUGACUAAACACAGCUGAAUAGAAUACAAUAAGGGUAUUGAUGGCACAAUAUAGUUAAUACAAGGAUUCCAACUGGAGGCUCGGAGAAACAUUUUGAAUACGCAGGAUUUUUUAAAUGAAGUCUUGUCUCUUUCAAAAAAGUUACCAGGUGGAAAAGAAAACUGAUGCACAUGUAUUAAAGGAUCAAUCAAAGGUAUUAGUGUGUUUUGAGAUACAUCCCAAAAUUUCAAAGUGUUGAAACCAUGACUGUUGUCCUUUUGUGGAUCUUGAAUGCAGCUCAUGAACUCACAGCAAAAAGGAAAAGAAACAGCUGGAACUUUUUAAAGAGCGGAGAUCCGACGUGUACGAAGUCUUUGAAAACAACAAACACCAGAAGCUUUGCGGCUCACAGUCACUCUGAGCAUCUGAAGCAGCAGUCAGAUCAGCUGGUUGAGCUGAAAGCAGGAGGUGGAUGUCUGCAGAGAGGGAAGCUUGUGAUGUGGUGUACAGCUUCGCGGAGGAGCAGGACUUCCAGCAGGUCCUGAACAUCUGCAGUAGGGACGACCACGAUGGACUGGACUACAUGGCUGCUACCUUCCACCGCUGGCUGCAGGAGCCUGGACGUCUCGUCUUCAUCGCCAGGAUGAAGAGCAGAGUGGUGGCACUGGAGUCUGCACUGCUGGUCGACGCGGGUCAGACGGUCGUACUUCAGGGUCUCAGGGUGGCACCUGAUUUGAGAGGCCGCGGCAUCGCUGGCGCCAUCCAGAGGCACGUGACUGACUACGUCCGCCACCACUACCCAGAAGUCUCUGCGGUCAGGCUGAGCCGAGCAGCCCAGCCUUCACUGGCCAAGUACCGACUCAUAGCUAAGGAGGCCAUCUUGUCUUUGUGCUGCGAGGCGGCCGACCUCGGCCUCUUUGUUGCUGAGCUUCGCUCCAGACUCGCCUGCCUGGCUGACUCCUCCCCCCGCGGCCCGGUGACCCUGAGCCAGCAGCAGGUGGAGACUCUGAUCCUGACCGACCAUGUGGUUUCCAAUCUGCUGCCUGGUAAAACCAUCAUCAAUGACUGGGAGCCUCUGAAGCCCAUGGAGGCCAACCUGGAGGUGUUGCGCCGCAGGGGGCUGACGUGGAUUGUAGACCGUGAGUUUGAGCCCACUGCCAUGAGCCUGUGCACCACACCGUAUGCUGUCCCCUACCGCCACGAUGCCCUGCACUUCAACAUCAACAUCUUCGGCCGCAGUUUGGCUUCGGUGUGCGCGGUGUUUCUGGCUCAGCUCGAAGCUUUGCUGCCGAGUCUCCGAGGUUACCUGAUCUUCUACACCUACGUGGACCCUGCAGUUUGGCCCGGGUUACGCCAGAUCUGCCAGAACAGCAGCAAUGUGUCAUUCUACCUGGACUACAGUGAGGAGCACGUACUGGAGACAGACCUCUGAAUGGCCUCGGCAUUACUGAUUACACAUUAGAGACCAAGAGAAGAAUUUGUUGACAGAUUUUUAGCCUUUUUGGGAAGGGUCCUUGGAUUCUUGAGGAUUUUUGUGGGCUCUGGAGAGUUUUUGUGGUUCUUGGAAGUCUAUGAGGGAUCCUCGAUGGGGCUACAGGGGUUCUUGAGAAACUACCUGGGUUUCUUGAGAGAUCUUUGAGGGAAUUCUGGGGUUCUCAAUGGCGUUUUCAAUGGUCCUAAGCAACUUUUAUGGAUUGAUGGAAGACUUUUUGGGGUCCCUGAGAAAGGUUUCAGACCUUCUUCAAGGGGUUCCAGGGUCCUUAUAGAACAUUUAGGGCUUCUUGACAGGUUUUGAGGAGUUCUAGGGGAGGACUAUCAAGGGUUCUUGGUGGUUCUUAUGAGGGUUGUUUGAUUUCCACUUUAUUUAAAGGACAGGGUUUCAGGGUCCUUGAUUGGGCUGAAGGUGUAUUUGAGGGGUUUCUACGAUAUGUGAGGGCCAACCAUGGACUCUUGAGUGUAACUGGGUGUUCGUCAAGGAUCCUGGAGGGUCUUCUGCAGUUUCUUGAUGGGGUUCAAAGGAAAAGUGACUGACAUUUUGGGUCCUUGAUGUGGUUGUCAAGGGUGUUAAGGGGUUUUCAGCAGAUUAUGGGAAAUCUUUAGCAUCUCUUGAGAGUUCCACAACUUCCUCAUAGGUUUGAUCUUUUUUAGGUUCGAUCCAUGAUCUUUUAUGGACCUUAAGAAGAGGUCUCACCGCAUUUCCAGAGGCCAACAUUUAAAUAAGGGAUUACAGAAUAUAAUUGGUCACUUGCUAUAAAAAUCUGGAUUGAGAGAGACAGAAAAAAUACAUACGUUAAGGCACAUGGACGAUAACACUGCUUCAUAUUUUAUGUUUGUGUUGACUUUGACCUUUGGCCCCUGAAACUUGAGUAGAUUUUCACAGCUACACUUACCCAUAAAAGAUAAAGAUACAUAAAAAAAGAUAAAGAUCACCUACAUCAUCAGAUACCUUUACUGGUUGUGUGCGUAUAUAUGUUGUAUCUUAUAGUGUAUACUGUAUACAGUAUUCAGAUCCGUCACUUAAUUAAAAGUAAUAAAAGUUGUUUAAGGUUGA